UUGUAAAUAAAGCUUUGGCAUAACGCGUGUAGGGGAUCGUUCUGGAAAGAGCGUCAGAUUAGCUGUAGUGACACUAAAAAGGGAUACUUUUGAACACACACACACCACCGGAGUUGUACUUAUUUUUGUAUAUAUAUUAGAUAUUCUCGGUAACUAGUGAACCCCUGGAAACAUGGCGGAGAGUGACUGGGAUACCGUGACGGUGUUGAGGAAGAAGGGGCCGACUGCUGCUCAGGCCAAAUCCAAGCAGGCAAUCGCCGCUGCUCAGAGACGUGGAGAGGACGUCGAGACAUCCAAAAAAUGGUCUGCAGGGCAGAACAAGCAGCAUCUUGUGACAAAGAACACAUCCAAACUGGACCGUGAGACAGAAGAGCUACACCACGAAAGGGUUCCCCUAGAGGUGGGAAAGUACAUUCAGCAAGGCAGAGGGGACAAAGGUCUGACCCAGAAAGACCUGGCCACUAAAAUUAAUGAGAAGCCUCAGGUCAUCGCGGACUACGAGUGUGGGAAAGCGAUUCCCAACAACCAGGUCAUGGGCAAGAUAGAGAGAGUGCUCGGGCUGAAACUGCGUGGGAAGGAUAUUGGCCUACCCCUGGAGGCAAAACCCAAGAAGAAAUGAAUACAAAGCCUCGAAAUCAGCCCUCCCAAGUCCCUUCUUUCCUUGAUUUCUGAACCAACAACCCUUUCCCUACCCCACUAUCCCAAGAACCCUCAAAAACUCUCCUCCCUCCCCUCCCUCCCUCUACCUGGGCUGAUCUCACCUGUGUCCUGCCUGAGGACCUGGUGCUCCACUGCAUUACAGGCUGCAUACUGAAACAGUUUCUUGACCGCAUAAUCAAAAGAAUGGUUGAACGUCACAAACUCGAAGUUCUGUGAAUCUUCUUUUCACCUACGUCUGCUUUGGCAUGAAAAAUUCAACUUUUUGAUAGUAAUGUAAACUCAUUUAAAAAGUAGAGUUAUUUUUAAUGACCGAACACAAUAGUUUGACUCAUGUUAAUGCUGAGCAUGAUGUUAAGCCACAAGUGCUUGAUUGCAUCUUUUUCACACACUCCAGACAGUGGGUGAAUGUCAUAACAGUGUUAAUUUGUUUUUAAUACUGUGCUUUGUUUUGAUUUAAGAAAUAAAGUUUGGCAGAUCGUGA